GUCGAAUCCAAGCCAUUCAGAAAUACUUCAUGACAACUUUGACCGAAAUAUAAAUAACUUUUCUCCACGUAAUUACACAUCUGUAUAGAAAUAUGGAUUUAAUGAAAUCUUAUUUAAAAUCCCGGGGUUCCGUUCUGUCAAAUAUGAUGAACGAGAUUCAAUCAAAAAUACAAAGCUCCUGAAUCAGAAAUAAAUCUGAGCUUAUAACAGUCGGUGAAAACAUACAAUGACUUCCUCUCGCGGGAAGGUAUGACACAGUAUCCCGAAAUUAAUUAGCAUGGUAACUUAUGUUCCCCAAGAAUAGCCCGGAAAGCAGGUAUAAAAUAUUCAGAGGAACGAGAUUUCUCUCCAGGUGAAUCAAUCGACACCUCUGGGUGCUCCUGAAGGAAACGCAGGGCUACGUGAGCAGAGCUGGUCAGGUUAAACGACACCUCGUCUGGGAAAUUGAUAUGGAACCGAUUCUGGUUAUUGACAUGGAACUAAGCUUGAUUACCUGUGUCCGCGGUAUUGACCAAUGCUCUCGUUUUCACUUCAAUAUCAAAGAGAGUUAAAACAGUGGUUUCGUUCUACUUGCUAGAAUCUGCCGGGACCUUUAACACAGGGGUUGUUUUCAAACAGUUUUAGACUUGUGGGGAUUUCUUAAUUAGAAAUUGGUAAAUUUUUCUAGCCACAUGUGUAUAGAUGGAGCUUACGGAAUCUACGGCAGAACUUGAGAAAACACCCCGCAAUGAACAGUCUUCUGUUGGAAAAGAAAGGACGGACAAGGUCAAAGAAAGACAUCAUAGAAAGAAGAAACGGAAGCACUCGGAUUACGACGCACUGUCGGAAUGCCGGCGGAUGUUCCGGAUGGAGAUGAUGCAGCUGGGGAAGGAGCUGUAUCAGUUCAGACAGAUGUGUCAGCAGGAGAUCUCCAAAUACAAAGACCUUUUGAACAACAAAAAUGCGCCGGACCGAGACCAGGAGAACAACAUAGAGUCCAGAAACGGUUACAGUAACAUGUUUGGAGGGACUUCGGUGGAACAGUACUGGAGGACCAAGUUGGAUAACCUCCAAGCGGAUAUGACGUACCUUGAGAAGAAGCAAGCCCAGCUGGACAGAGAACAACAGUUGGUGGACAAGGAAGACGAGCUAUCUCAGCGAUUGGUCAAUAUAGAAAGCUAUGAACAGGAAAUAGAGGAGCUGGAAUCAGUCCUUGACCGGCGCCAGGCAAGAUGUGUGAAGAGACAACAGAGUCUACAGGACAUGGAAGAGGAGCUUGAUCAGCAAAGACUAGAGAUAGAGGAUAACAAACAGAGACUAGAGGAAACUCAGGAAAAAUCGGACCCUUCCACCACUGCUCGCAAACACUGCCAGAAAUGUUUUAAACUGGAGAUAGCCAAGCGGGGGAUCCUGGAGAAACAGACGGUGCUCGAGUCCACAGUCCAGAAGUACAGGGCAGAGUUGGCCUCCGCCUCCUCCAACAUUACUGGCAAGGACAUCCUCAUCAGCAAAUUGGAUGAUCAGGUUAAGUCCUUACAUCAACAGUUAGAGGAAAAGGACAAAAAGAUCAGGAAUCUGGAGUCCCGAUUGGUUCUCAGCAUAGAGGAGUCCAGGAAAUCCCAAAUGUCUGGUCUGUCCGACAGCUUCAUCUCUACCCCUACGCGACGACCAGACAGCCGUGCUAGUCGAGAAUCCGAGAGUAAUUCUAGCGAUUUCUCUCUCAGUCGAUCAGCUUCACACAGAAAGAGUUCCUCCCCUUUUCAUCAAGUGAGGAAGUCUGAUGACAGAUUUAAUCAGUACCACUCUAAAUCUGACAGUGCCAGCAUCAGGCACCCAAUGAGACUCAGUGUAGACCACGGAGACGACAGAUUCCAGAUGGUCAAGUCACCGCUACCCGAUAAAAGCAACGCUUGUGUUGUGAUGUGACAGUACAACGGAUACCAAAAGUUGUGUUGGGCAUUUAUCAUGGAGAGAGAGAGAGAGAGAGAGAGAGAGAGAGAGAGAGAGAGAUUUUCUUGUUUUUAAUUUAUUUAAGAUGUUCAUGAAAUCUUCACUUCUUGUUCCUAUUAAAUAUAUAAACAU